GUUCCCGGUCCUCCAUUUUCUUCCACCGGACUUCUCCGUACAACCACCAACAUGAUCCAUUCCAGCCGGAGACUCCCCGGCAGCCUCUUCAGAUUCGGCGUGGUUCGGCCCUUCUCCACCUCCAAGGACGACCCGACGAGCCCAAUCCCCGUGGUCUCUACCGUAGCUUCACCCGAUGAGAGGUCUCACCACAUCGAUGCCGGCUCUUCCAUCCGGAAGCCCGUCAGCCUGUGGCCCGGAAUGUACCACUCCCCCGUCACCAACGCCCUUUGGGAGGCGAGGUCGAGGAUUUUCGAGAGACCCGGGGACUCGCCUGGCGAUGGUGAAGGAGAGCUCGUUCCUCGGACUCCGUCGAGGAGCAGGACGAGUGUUCUGUACAAGUUCUCAGAGGAUUACAUACUGAGGGAGCAGUACAGGAACCCUUGGGAUGAGAUUAGGACUGGGCGGCUGGUGGAGGAUCUCGAUGCUCUUGCUGGAACCAUCUGCUUCAAGCAUUGCUACAACGAUGAUGGCACCACAAGGCCUCUGCUACUGGUCACCGCUUCUGUGGACAGGAUGGUUCUCAAGAAGCCUAUCUUUCUCGACACUGAUUUGGAGAUAGUAGGUGCUGUUACGUGGGUUGGGAGGUCAUCGAUGGAGAUUCAGCUCGAAGUUAUUCAGGCCACAGAAGAGACCGAUAAUCAUUCAGACUCACUUGCCCUGACAGCCAACUUCACAUUUGUGGCUCGUGACCCAGAGACAGGGAAAUCAGCUCCUAUUAAUCAAAUCUCUGCAGAAACAGAACGAGAAAAACUACUCUGGGAAGAGGCAGAAGAGAGGAACAAACUGAGGAAAAAGAUGAAAGAACUCAAGAGGGGCAUCGAGAAGACCGAGGAAGAUUUGAGCAGGCUCCAGGCCUUGCUCUCUGAAGGUCGGGUCUUCUGUGAUAUGCCGGCUUUGGCAGAUAGAGACAGCAUUCUAAUGAAAAACACAUGCUUUGAGAACUCAUUAAUAUGUCAGCCCCAGCAGAGAAACAUGUAUGGUCGGAUCUUUGGAGGGUUUUUGAUGCGGAGAGCCUUCGAGUUGGCCUUCUCAACUACUUAUGCCUUUGCUGGUGCUGCUCCUCGAUUUGUGGAAGUGGAUCACGUUGAUUUCUUGAAGCCUGUGGAUGUUGGCAACUUUCUCCGGCUCAAAUCCUGUGUGUUGUAUACAGAGCUCGAUAACCCAGCUGAACCGCUGAUAAAUGUCGAAGUCGUGGCCCAUGUCACACGACCUGAGCAGAGAUCAAGUGAGGUCUCCAACAAAUUCUACUUUACAUUCACAGUCAGUCCCGAGGCCUUGGGCAAUGGGUUGACAAUUCGUAAAGUGGUCCCCGCCACAGAGGAGGAAGCUCGACGGGUCCUUGAACGAAUGGAUGCUGAGAGCUCUCAGCUAGGUAAAUAGUAUACGGAUUUUCCUUCUCCAGUGAAAGGAAUUGCUACAACAAAGAACUGUGAUGCAGUCAUCAACAUUUUCAACGAGCAAGUGGUUCACCGGUGCCCCUACAAGUGCGUUAUGAAGAUCCAAAUCCAGAAGAUUCAACCUGCAACUAAUGAAAAACCAUUCAUCUGGAGGAUCUCUAGUUUUGUCUUUCACCUGCAGAUCUGCUUACUGUUUUGGUAAAUUCACUGCAUAGCAAUCCAAAUGUUGCCAGGAUUCUUUGAGUCGGUUGAAAUUGUAUAAUCACCUUCGAAUGGAAGCAGUGAAGUAUGUAUAGCAAACCGGAUGGAAGCUUGCUUUCUUUGAUUUAUGACUGAUGAUAUAAAAUAAAAUUCAUUUGGAAGA